AUGCAACAGUCAUCCAGAUCCAACCCUUCCUCUGCUGCCAAGCCUUCGGGCGCAUCGACGCUUCGACCCAACACCAAUCUGCGUCCUCCUAUUCCCAGCGAUACGCCUUCCGCUACCUCACAACGUCCGCAUCGUCCCUCGUCAUCCUCCUUUUCUGUCAGCAGCGACAGACAAGCCGCAUCAUACGACGACUCGAACAACUCGAUCGUCGGCCGCAAUCAAGCAAACUCUUUGCUGCGCACGCCUCAGACACGUCCUGGACUGCCAAGGCAAGGCUCUCAUACUCAGCGCUCCGUCUCAUACGCUACUUCCGAUCUCGAAACCGUUUCGGCCAUGUCGGCUUCCGAAUACAGUUCAGCUGGCGAGGAUGAGGCUGAUCCGUGGCGCAGAUCGCAGCUCCGCGGCCGCUCUACCGAGAAUGCCGUUCGUCAAGGCACCUCGAUCGGUCGGCCUGGCUUGCUCGUCGAGCCCUCUCGCUCCGCCAGCGGUAUGACCUCAGUCAGCGCCAACAAACCGCGCCGUCCCUCGGCCCACACCCGAGACUCUAGCAAGGCUCGAAGACAGAGCAAAGCCUAUCGUGGCGACGACGACUACCUCGAUGCUGGCGACGACGGUCGCUUCGGUCCUUUGGACGACGAGGACGACGAGGUCGAACCCCACGACAGGGGCGAGGAGCUCGUGCGCCGCCGUAUGAAGGCUCGUCAGCGUGAAAAGGCGUUGCGCAAAAAGGCCGAAAAGGAGCGAUCUCGUCAGUCGGUCGCUGGAUAUGCCCAGCCCAACAACACCGCCAGCAGUAACACCAAUCCCGCCCUUCUCUCUCCCAGUCUCAAGCCGAGCUCCACCUUCUUGGGUCAGCGUCCCACCUCGCCUUCGCCACGCCCCGACCUUUCCGCUCGCCCGACCACCAUCACGCUGCCCCCUCCUGGAUUCAGCAACAAUCAGCAGCAAACUGGUAUCCUCUCUCCCAUCCCGACUCCUGCCAUGCCCAGUCCAGGUGGUGCACAGGCCAGCAAGCUCUCGUCUGCCGGUGCCUAUCCUUCUCCGCACAGUCAUAUUCGUCGUACUUCGACCCAGACCAGCGUCCAGAACCGCUUCAGCAGCAUCAGCCACGGGCAGCAGAGCACCAUUGGUCCCCGAAGCACGUCUCAAGCUCAUCCACAGACACCUGCUGCUCAUGACUUUUUCUCCGGUCUCGGUCCCCCAUCCAACAGCGGUCGUGGUGCCACGGAUGCAAGCUCCAGCGUCGCAGGCAGCAUCCGUGACGAUGAACACCAGGACUUUGAUGAGGAUGAGGAUCGUGAUACCAUCGCCAGUCUGGCAGGUCGACGUCGUCGCGACGACAUCGACGAUCAGGCCGAAGAUAGUGCCGCUCGCCUUGAUGAUGAUGAGAUCAUCGAGGCCGAAUACGAUGAUGCUCAAGCUGGUCGUGGCGAUGACGACGACGACGAUGAGGAUAUCACCGACGACCAGGACGUCGAGUACACGCUUAAGGAUCGACAGGACGCCAUCAACAUUGAGCAUCCUUUUGGUCUGCCGAUCUGGAAGCCUGCGCUCUACAAAAAGUCGCGUUCCGUCACUCGCAACGCCGAGAUUGCUCUCCACUCCAUCCCAAGCGCAGCAGCAGAGCGCCAUCUCCUCCCCGGCAACAUCAUCUGGACCAUCUUUUUUGGCUCCUGGCUCUCGCUCAUCUGCUACGUCGCUUCCGUCGUCAUCAACGUUGUGCCCCUGGGCGGCACGCGCUACGCCCGAGUGGUAUGGGAACUCGGCGGAUACCUCUUCUGGCCCUUUGGCAAGUAUGUUGAGGUCGAAGUGGGUUCUGACAGCGCGGACCGAAUGGCGGGUGCCAGUGACAACCUCGACUCGAAUGCCGACGGACAGUGGAUCGAGAACUCCUUCACUCCUGUCGCCGCUCGCUUCCCUCACGACCAUGCUCACGUUGUUCCCUUCAACUCGCGUCCCGAGUCGCUUCUUUCUACGCCCCGCGACAAGCUCGUCAGUAGUCAACACGAUACGCUACGUGCCGAUGCUGGCUCCUCGAGCGGUUCUGAGGCACGUAAAUCCACGCCACGUGCUUCCGAGCACGGCGGUGGCGAGUCGAGCCACACGUCCCAAGAGGAGCACGACGAGACAAGCUCGCUCAAGGGCAAGGGCAAAGCAAACGACUAUGGCGCCACCGACGACGCACAGAGCGGACAGCACCUCACCGAUCUCGAACGCGUCGAGGCCGAGCAGCGGGUCUAUGGCUACGUGCAGGACGAAGACGGUCAUGACGUUGGCGCUGCACAGCGCAUCGCUGGUCGAACCGCGUUUGGCAUCUUUUACGGCCUGUUUCUCUUCCCGUUCAUGGGCCUGGUCUGCCUUGCCUGCUGGGGCAUGGUCUUCCCCAUCCCUAUGGCCAAGCUCACCUGGGUUUUGCUCAAGAACCUGGCCACGCGUCCGCUUGCACUUCACUUCCGUUCGGCUCCAGGCAUGGACAAGGUGGCACAUCAACACGGCGAGAUCGACGAGAUCGCUGGUGCUGCCAAAAAAUUCUUCCUGCCGCUCAAGCCUGGUGAGCCGGCGCCACGUCCCAAGUCGAUCAAUGCCGGCAAGGUGACGCUGCAGCGACGCAGCAAAAUCUUGCUCUGCACCUACCGUGCCGUCGGUGUCCAGUACUACAAGUACACGGUGGGCGGUGUCAACAUUCUGUUUGUCAACACGCUCCCGCUCGUCUUUUUCACCAUCUUUGACUUUUUCGUCAUCGAACGCUACGUCGAGCACCACGGCAUCAAGCACGGCUUUCUGGCCUUCAUCUCGGCCCAGGGUGUCAUCUUUAUGCUUGCGCUCGGAAGUGUCAUCCCGCUGUCCUAUUUCAUCGGCAUGGCCGUGGCCAGUAUUAGUGCUCAGAGUAGUAUCGGCAUGGGUGCUGUCAUCAACGCCACUUUCGGUUCCAUCAUCGAGAUCAUCCUUUAUGCAAUCGCGCUUACGCAGGAAAAAGCGAGGCUGGUCGAAGGCUCGCUGAUCGGAUCAAUCCUGGCCGGUGUGCUUCUGAUGCCUGGUCUAUCGAUGUGCUCGGGUGCUACACGAAGGAAGGAGCAGCGCUUCAACGCCAGGUCUGCUGGUGUGACGAGUACCAUGCUGAUCAUGGCCAUCAUCGGCAUCUUGACGCCGACGCUGUUCUAUCAGAUUUACGGUACCUUCCAGCUUACGUGCGAGGGAUGCCCCACAGGUAACGUUCCUGGCGAUUCUUGGAGCUGCCGUCGAUGCUUCUACGAGCAUGUUCCACCGGCCACCGAUCCAUUCUUCCAGCAGAAUGUCCGCGGCCUGAUGUACACCUGCACUGUCAUCUUGGUGCUUUCGUACGGAGUUGGAUUGUGGUUCUCGUUGCGCACCCACGCUUCACAGAUCUGGCAGAAUCCUCAGCCUGUCCAGCCCGGUCAACAUCUGGUCCCGAACCAAGCGACCCUGGCUCACCUGCCUUCGGCGCAACGUGCCUCGAUCUAUAAGCGGCUGGUGCCCGCUGCGAUGAUGCAGCAGCUGCUACCGACCACGCAUCCUACAGGUGGUGCUGAGCGUGGCGGUGUCCAGGGUCAUUCUUCGGCGGUCAGUGCUGCCGGAUCGAAUCCAGGAACGAUCAAGGCGCCUUCCUCGGUCGGCCACGUACGUCAAGGAACGGACGCGACGCAGGACGGGCCUCGGCCUUUGCAGCUGCCCGAGCACUUCAGUCAGGAAGAUUACGAUCGGGCUGUAGCGCUUACGGCCUCUGCGUUCCACAAUGUACUUCAGCAGCAGCAACAGCAGCAACAGCAGCAGCAGCAGCAGCAUGUUGGUACGGCAGGAGAGCGCGAUCAUCUUCGUCACCCACAUAAUCAGCAACAGCAGCAGCACCAGCAGCAAGGCAAGCAUGUGUCGAUGCACGAGGAGGCAGGAGCCGAGGAAGCAGAGGGCCACGGUGGCCACGACGCACCUUCGUGGUCAAGAGGCACUUCGUUGACCGUGCUGCUCUCUUGUACCGUGCUGUACGCCAUCAUCGCCGAGAUCUUGGUGGAUGUGGUGGAUGUGGUGCUCGACGGAUCGGGCAUUGACGAAAAGUUUUUAGGCAUUACGCUGUUCGCACUGGUGCCAAACACGACCGAGUUCAUGAACGCCAUGUCGUUUGCCAUCAACGGCAACAUUGCACUCUCGAUGGAGAUCGGCUCCGCCUAUGCGCUGCAGGUGUGUCUGAUCCAGAUCCCCGCCAUGGUGGUAUUUUCGGCUUACUACAAUGCGGGCGUUGCGGACGACAACUUGAUCCAUCGCAGCUUUACGCUCAUUUUCCCGCGGUGGGACGUGAUUGCGAUCAUUUUCAGUGUGUUCCUGCUGACGUACACGUACAUCGAGAGUCGGUCGAACUACUAUCGGGGUACGAUCUGUAUCUUGAGCUACACGGUGUUGGUGGCUGGGUUUUACUUUGCGCCUGCUACGGGUGAUGUCGAGGAUCCGGGCGAUGAUAACCGCGAUCCGCUGGCGGGCGGAAUGGGGGUGAACAAUAUGAUGGUUGCAGCAGGGUUGGUCGGGGCUGCGGCGGAGAGGGUGAUGCGGUUCAGCAUAAAAGAGGGCAGGUUUGGCGCAGGGCCGCAGGGGUGGGUGAGGGAGAGCGGGGUCAAGGCUGUCAAGGCGAUGGGUGGUCGGGUUGGGGCGGCUGUAAGUGCGGGUAGUGGAGGGGCGAGUUAUAUCUUGCCUGAUGGACCGUGGCUGCCGCAGUUGGGUUUGGGCGAGUGGGUGUUUGCCAUGUGGGCUUCGCUUUGGGCGCGAUGA